AUGGCAGCUGAAACAACAAAUUCCACAGAUGCAGAUGCAGAUGCAGUGGCAGUGACAGUGACAGUGCCAGAAGAAAAAAGCAAGGCAAAGGAAGAUAGCCAGGCGAUGAAAGAUAAAGGAGUUCAAAUCAAACAUGUUAUAUUACCAUUAACCACUCUUUCUUUUCUUCUCUCUCUUCCUAUUCUUUUCUCGGUCAUAUGGCUGCUAUACAUGCGACAAUGCGAUUGUGAACAACUCUUAAAGCUGCCCAAACUACAGGUUGGGAUUGUAAUUGGCUUGAUCUUUAUUUUCCUUGUUAGUAAUAUUGUAGUCUACUUGCGAGCUCGGUUCCCAAUGCCCGGACUGCUCUUGGUUAUGGUGCCACUCAUCAUGAUGCUCACCGUCGGACUUGCCCUUGCCGGAGCUUACAAGUCAGAGAGCCGGACCAUACCGGGCUCACCCUCGUGGCUACAAAUGAUUGUUCAUGAUAAAAACUACUGGAACAAUAUCAAAUCUUGCAUAUAUGAUACCAGAACAUGCAAUGAGUUGGUGUCCAGAUCCUACAUGCUCAAGUCCUAUGACUUCAGUACCACUAAAUUGUCCCCCAUAGAGUCGGGAUGUUGCAAGCCACCAACAAAUUGUGGAAUGGAGUACGUGAACGCGACUUACUGGCGGAAGGAAGAUGGUGCAGCAGAUAGCUCAAACCCAUACGACAGUGACUGCGAUUUGUGGGAGAACAACAACACCAUUUUAUGCUACAACUGCCAUGCUUGUAAACAAGGAUUUCUCACAACAUUACAGGGAAAAUGGGGGAAACUUGGGGUCUUCCUUUUUGUCAUGUCAUUGCUUCUCGUUAUCUCCCAUUUGUUGCUCUUUGUUGCCACAAUGUGGGAGCGUUAUGGAGGAUAG